CCCGGAAUUGCCAUAAGUUCCCGCCAAACUUCUCUUAACCCUAACAUUUUUCCCCGGGAAAAUCCGAUAACUCAUCGCCUUUUUGUAGACCCUACUCACAGGUCAUCCACACCGCUUUACUACUUCGUCUCUCCCUGUGUCUGUCUCUCGCUUCGAUGGCUCCAACUCGUCGUUUGAGCAAUGGAAGAUCGCCACUGGUGAACCAGCAAAGCCAAAUUACAGCGUUCUUCUCCAAAACUUCAUCUUCUCCUUCUCUUUCUCCUUCUCCUUCUCCUUCGCCUGUUCUCUCCAAACAGGACCUUAACCCUAAACCUAGCCCUAGCCCUAGCCCCAGCCCUAGUCCGACGACUCCUUCACCUGUGCAAGCCAAGCUUAGAAAGCCGCUCUUAGUGAUCGGCCCAUCUAAGACCACUUCUCCUUCAACGCCGGUUACGGGAAGCAAAUCGUACGGAGAGGAGGUUGUGAACAGGAGGGUCAAGGUUUACUGGCCGUUGGAUAAGAGCUGGUACGAGGGUUGCGUGAAAUCGUUCGAUGAGCAAACCGGCGAGCAUUUGGUUCAGUACGAUGAUGCCGAUGAGGAGACUCUUGAUCUUGGUAAGGAGAAGAUCGAGUGGGUGGAGGAUAAAGGCGGAAGCCUUCGUCGAUUGCGUCGGGGUUCGGUUUUUGAGAAGGGGGUGGUUCCCGUCGGGGAAGCCAAUGUGGAGGAGGAGAGUGGUGGUGAUGAUUCGAGUGAUGAAGAUUGGGGAAAGGGUAAGGGAAGGGAGGAGGUUGAAGAUGAUUCGGAAGAUGUUGAAUUUGAGGAAGAGGAGGAUGAAGAAGAGGAAGUUGAGGGCCCCAAAAAAGGGCAAAGUAAGAAGGUUGAUCCGAAGAAGCGGAAGGCGGUUGGAGAAGGAACAAUGGGUCCUGGUAAGAGGAGAAAGAGCAGUGGAGGAGUGGAGAAGAAUACAUUUAAAGUUUCCUCAGUAGAGCCUAUGAAGAAUGCUGAGAGCAGGAAGGCUUCAGACAUCCUUGACAAUGUCCUACCAGGCGAUGCCUUAGAAAGAUUUGGUGCACGUGAAGCAGAGAAGUUGCCCUUCCUUGGGGGAGAACGCAAGGAUGCUAAAAGAAGAUGUCCUGGAGAUGCAAAUUAUGAUCCAAGAACUCUUUACUUGCCUCCUAAUUUUUUAAAGAAUUUAACAGGUGGCCAGAGACAAUGGUGGGAGUUUAAGUCAAGGCAUAUGGACAAGGUUAUUUUUUUCAAGAUGGGCAAGUUUUAUGAACUUUUUGAAAUGGAUGCGCAUAUAGGAGCAAAAGAGCUUGAUUUGCAAUAUAUGAAGGGGGGACAACCUCAUUGUGGAUUUCCAGAAAAAAACUUCUCAAUAAAUGUUGAGAAAUUGGCUAGAAAGGGUUAUCGUGUUCUUGUUGUAGAGCAAACAGAAACACCUGAGCAGCUUGAGCUUCGUCGCAAAGAGAAGGGUUCUAAGGACAAGGUUGUGAAACGUGAAAUAUGUGCAGUGGUCACAAAGGGAACGCUAACUGAAGGCGAGAUGCUAUCAGCCAACCCUGAUGCUUCUUAUCUUAUGGCAGUAACUGAAAGCUGUCAGUUUGAAGAACGCAGUUUUGGUGUUUGUGUAGUUGAUGUUGCCACAAGCAGGAUUAUUCUUGGACAGUUCAGGGAUGAUUCAGAGUGCAGCACCCUGUGUUGUCUAUUAUCUGAGCUAAGGCCUGUAGAGAUUAUAAAACCAGCUAACCUUCUCAGUCCUGAAACCGAGAGAGCACUGAUGAGACAUACAAGAAGCCCUUUAGUAAAUGAACUGGUUCCAAUCUCAGAAUUCUGGGACUCUAAGAAAACUGUUUCUGAAAUCAGGAGUGUCUACAGAUGUUUCAAUGAUCUAUCAGUUUCUGGAUCUUUAAAUGAAGCAAAUUUGAGUGUGAAGGAUUCUUUUGUUGAAGAAGAUCCCUUGGGCCUACCUGACAUUUUGUCCAAGUUGGUGAAUGCAGGCGAGAGUGGCAGCCUUGCACUUUCAGCCCUUGGGGGCACUCUUUUCUAUCUAAAGCAGGCUUUUAUGGAUGAAACAUUGCUUAGAUUUGCUAAGUUUGAGUUAUUUCCAUACUCUGGUGUUAGUGAUAUCUUUCAUAAGCCAUACAUGGUUCUUGAUGCUGCUGCCCUGGAGAACCUUGAGAUUUUUGAGAACAGUAGAAAAGGAGACUCAUCAGGGACUCUCUAUGCACAACUAAAUCACUGUGUGACUGCAUUUGGUAAGAGGUUGCUGAAGACAUGGCUUGCAAGACCUUUAUACCAUUUGGAUUCAAUUAGGGAACGCCAGGAUGCUGUGGCAGGUCUGAGGGGAGUUAAUCUACCUUCUGCACUUGAAUUUCGAAAAGAGUUGUCUAGGCUUCCAGACAUGGAGCGGUUGCUUGCACGUAUCUUUGCUAGCAGUGAAGCUAAUGGAAGGAAUGCAAACAAGGUAGUUUUCUAUGAGGAUGCGGCAAAGAAACAGCUCCAGGAGUUUAUAUCAGCUCUACGUGGAUGUGAAUUAAUGACACAAGCAUGCUCUUCUCUUGGUGUCAUUUUGGAAAAUGUUGAAUCUGGACUACUACAUCAUUUAUUAACACCUGGUAAAGGUCUUCCUGACAUUCAUUCAGUUAUAAACCAUUUCAAGGAAGCUUUUGAUUGGGUGGAAGCCAAUAAUUCUGGACGUAUAAUACCUCAUGAAGGAGUUGAUAAGGAGUAUGACUCUGCCUGUAAAACAGUCAAGGAGAUUGAAUUAAGGUUGAAAAAGCACUUAAAGGAGCAGCAGAAAUUACUUGGAGAUGCAUCAAUAAAUUUUGUCACAAUUGGAAAAGAAGCAUACCUUUUAGAAGUGCCAGAAAGUUUGCGGGGGAAUAUUCCUCGGGAUUAUGAAUUACGAUCAUCCAAAAAGGGAUUCUUCCGGUACUGGACUCCAAACAUUAAGAAGUUCUUAGGAGAGCUCUCACAUGCUGAAUCAGAAAAGGAGUCUAAGUUGAAAAGCAUUUUACAAAGGUUGAUCAGUCGUUUCUGUGAACAUCAUGAUAAGUGGAGACAGUUGGUUUCUUCAACUGCAGAACUGGAUGUAUUGAUCAGUUUAGCAAUCGCAAAUGACUACUAUGAAGGACCAACAUGCCGGCCAGUGAUCUCAGGGUUAUCCAAUUCAAAUGAAGUGCCAUGCUUUACUGCAAAAAGUUUAGGACAUCCUGUCCUUAGGAGUGAUUCUUUAGGGAAGGGUACAUUUGUCCCCAAUGACAUUACUAUUGGUGGUUCUGAUCAUGCCUGCUUUAUCCUUCUCACUGGUCCAAACAUGGGUGGAAAAUCAACUCUUCUUCGCCAAGUUUGCUUGGCUGUUAUUUUGGCCCAGGUGGGAGCUGAUGUGCCUGCAGAAAGCUUUGAGCUUUCACCUGUGGACCGCAUCUUUGUUAGGAUGGGUGCAAAAGAUAAUAUCAUGGCUGGCCAAAGUACAUUUUUAACAGAGCUUUCUGAAACUGCAUCUAUGCUGACAUCAGCAACCUGCAAUUCACUGGUGGCACUGGAUGAACUUGGACGUGGGACAUCAACGUCAGAUGGACAAGCAAUUGCGGAAUCAGUUCUUGAACAUUUUGUUCAUCAGGUGCGGUGUCGAGGAAUGUUUUCUACUCACUAUCACCGAUUAGCAGUAGACUACAAAAAAAAUUCCAAGGUCUCCCUAUGCCAUAUGGCAUGUCAAGUUGGAAAGGGAGUUGGAGGCGUGGAGGAAGUAACUUUUCUUUACAGGUUGAGGCCUGGUGCAUGCCCUAAAAGCUAUGGCGUCAAUGUUGCACGGCUAGCUGGACUUCCUAACUCUGUACUUCAAAAGGCUGCUGCUAAGUCAAGAGAGAUUGAGGGCAUAUAUGGUAGGCACAGGAAGGGAUCUGAUGAUGGAUGUGAUGAAAGAUUAUCAUCCCAAAAUUCAGAAGAUGAUAUGGUAUUCUUCAUCCAAAGCUUGAUUAACGGUGUAGCAAAAUUGAGUUACCACGAGUCUUUCAAGGACAUACAUGCUUCUUCGCUGAGUGACCUUCAGCAGAGAGCAAGAAUGUUUCUUGAUCAGAAUUAAACAGAUGAGAGUGUUUCAGUGGACACAAAUUUUGCACUGGUAGCCCAUCUUUGAUGUAAGAACUGAUUGAUGAGCAGAAAAGAUGAAGGUGCGGAGUGGGGAUCCUGGCUGAACUAACAGUUCAAUUCAGAUUUCCAAGAACAUCUUUGUUGGGCAUCUAUGGCUUUGAUGCUUUGAACUACCAAGCUGUUACAGUGGAAGCAUCAAAUUUGGGGCCAUAGCCGAAGAUAUACUGAUUGCAUUUUUGGGUAGAGCAUUUGAUGUAAAAUUGACACAGGAUCUAUCAGGGUAUCAAUUAUGUACAUUGCUAUAUUUGUAUAAAGAUCUCUGGUGAACCGAUGCGGUUGGCACAAGACUAAUUGUUUCUUGUCCCAUUGAAAGAGAGGCCCCUAUGAAAUUAGUUCCAUGGAACGCUAGAAUCUAAUGAAGUGACUGCAGCCAGAGAAAAAAGGAAAAGAAAAAAGGUGAGGUUGUUGGCCAUCCCCACCAAUUCACCAAUUUGGCUGUUGAUCCAACUGACUUGAAUUGUAAGCAAAAUGGAAAUUGGUUUAAAAAGGUUCAUCCUA